AAAACAGAUAACGCGCCAUAUUUUUCCACGUGACGUGACGUAUCAGUGUAAAUUGACGCUUAAAGUUUGUGUUUUGAGAAAUCUCGAGUUCCCUUCGCCUCUGAUUUAAACACUAAAGAAUUUCAAUUCAUCAAUUCGACGAAACCCCAUAUCAAAGAGCCAAAUCGUUUCUUUCAAACGCAAUAUCGUUUUUAGUUCGAUUUCGAACUGAAUGUAAAGGCAAAUUUUCGCGGUUACGUUUGUUGUGAUGCUGUUCUAACCUCAAAAAGUUUCGAAGAGACUUUUUUAAUGUUCUCCUACCGUUUUAAAUUUAUAUAUCACGGUCGUUUUUCAUCGGUGUUAUGUGUUAUGAAAUCAAGGGUUUUGUAAAUCGUCCAAGAAAAUGGGAGACGUAGCUACUGUUAACAAUGAAAACAAGGAGGCGUCUUCAUCUCCUAGCAAAGACAAACUUUUCGAUCCUUCCGUUGAUAUGCUUGUUAAUGAUUUCGACGACGAACGAACUUUAGACGAGGAAGAAGCUUUAGCUGCUGGCGAAUCCGAAGAUCCUUCUGUUGAGUUAAACCGAUUACAAAAAGAAAGUGAUAUGCCUUUGGAAGAGUUAUUGGCCUUAUAUAAUUAUCAAGGUGAAAAUCAAGAAAAUGAGAGCCCUGUUGAAGAUGAUGUCGAGCAAGGGGAUACCAUUGAAGAACAAGAAAUGGAUAUUGAACCACCAAUGGCACCAUCUAAAUUGUCUCAGUUAUAUGGACCAAUCCCCGAAACCGAUCAGGAUCCUUCAAGGCUUUUAAGAUGUUCAAGGGUUAGUGAGGAAGAAGAAGAAGAUUACGACUACAGCCCAGACGAAGAUGAUUGGAGAAAGGUUAAUAAGACCAUUAUGGUCGGAAGUGACUAUCAAGCCAUUAUACCAGAAGGGUUAUGUCACUACGAUGAUGCCCUACCAUAUGAAAACGAAGACAAGCUUCUUUGGGAUCCUAAAUUGUUGGAAGAAAACGUCGUGGAAGACUUUUUACGGAAAGGAAACACCAGUAAGUCACCUAUCCCGUUGGGCACCCAACUUCGCGAUGACGAGCAAGCCCUGUAUUUGCUGCAACAGUGUGGCCAUAAUACCGAGGAGGCAUUAAGGCGUAUCAGGAUUAAUGUUAUACCAAAUUCGGAUACUAUGAGUUUGUGGUCUGAGGAGGAAUGUAGAAAUUUUGAAGCAGGGGUUAGGUGUUAUGGAAAAAAUUUUCGAUUAAUACAACAAAAUAAGGUGCGAACAAGAUCUGUUGGGGAAUUGGUGCAAUUUUAUUAUUUAUGGAAAAAAUCGGAGCGGCACGAUAUAUUCGCGAAUAAAAACCGUUUGGAGAAGAAAAAAUACACGCUCCAUCCGGGUCUGACGGAUUUUAUGGACCGAUUUUUGGAGGAUCAGGAUGGUCGUGAUCGAAGUUCGUCGCCAAAUAUUCAGGUAAAUAGUACUGAGACGAAAAAAUCUUCGGAAAAUCUCCCUAUUGUAAAUAAACCGCCUCCAGACGCAUAGCGGAACAGAAUUUUCUCAAUGUUGUUAAGAAACACUUAAACUUUAUUUCCAAUAUUGAAUUAUAAAUUGAAUUAUACAACUUUUCUGUUGAUUACUAGUCGAUUGUUUUUGUGUUAAGUGUUGGUAAGAACCUUAUUGGUUUUAGUAGAUUAAAAAAAAUGGGUUUAUCAAAGCAAUAAUAAAAUUUAAUUAAAUCAGGAAAUCUAGUGUAUUUUACCAACAUUUAAGAAUUCUUUAGAAAAGAAAUCGUGCAAGUUAUGUUUAUUAUUUAGUAUUAUAAACCUGUAAAUAUAAAAGAAAAAUAUUUUUGUCUGGUUUUGUCUAGAGAUUCUUUAUUCGAAAGUAUUACAAGAUAAGUAUAUAUAUAAGAAGAGAAU